AAGUGGCCACGAGAGGCGCCACCACCCAGAAGUGAAAUUUAUUCCUGUUCGCGCACUCGCUUUCUUGUAGAUGUGAAACAAUUAUUCAUUAGAAGGUUGGAUUAAAUAUUCCAAAUGUCUCAAUCAUACGCAACGAAAGUGAGGUGUGUGCUGAUCUGGUUGUUUAACUAUGUACAGAGUUGAAUGAAAAAGAAAAUAAGACAGUGCUCUGGGUAUACUCUUUUGUACCAGAAAACAUUACAGUUCAACAAUCUUGGCCGAGAUAAAUAUAUUUGCUUUUAUCGAUGGUUUUUAGGAUAACAGUAUGAUAAACUUCCUUGGUUGCCAAGUAAGAUAAGAGUGGCCAUAAUUACAACUUAACUGAUACAAAAUAUUACAAGUGAGCCAUCUAAACUGAAUAUCAAGUAAGAGAUUCGGUUGAAGAAGAUAUGCUUUAGUGUGGAAUUUUGUUGGAAUAUUUGCAUUUGAUAGAGAUUUCUGUUGCUUUUGUAAACAUGUUCAAAGCCCAGCAAUAAAAUGUGUAAUUUUCAUUGUGGAAAUACAUUGCAUUUAAAAAUUGGUUCAAACACUAGAGAAACUUUACUAGUGUGAUGUUAAUGUGAUAGCAUUUUCUUGGAAGAGUUUGUUUUGUCUGCACACAUGCUUUAAGAUGGAAGAAAAAUACUACGACUGUGAAUUUUGUAGGGAAGUUUUUCCAACUAAUGAAGAAUUGAGUGCUCAUAAACUCAUUCAUGCAGCAGAAAAACCCUAUCAAUGUGAGGAUUGUGGGACCGCAUUCUCUGAGAGUAGUGAGUUAUUAUCUCAUAAAUGUACAGUUCAUACAGGAGACAAACGAAGCCAAUGUGAAAUUUGUGGGAAAUCUUUUUCGAAAAAUAGUAAUCUUUCUGCUCAUGUACGCACUGUUCAUAUGGGAGAAAAGCCCUACAUUUGUGAAUUUUGUGGGAAAGCUUUUACAGCAGCUUGUGGUUUAACAAGACACAAAACUCUUCAUACAGGAGAAAAGCCCCAUGUUUGUCAAAUCUGUGGUAAGGCAUUUCCUAGAAUCCAUGAAUUAUCAGUUCAUACAUAUACGCAUACUGAUGAAAAUCCAUUCAAAUGUGACAUUUGUGAGAAGGUAUUUUCUUCAGGCAGUUCAUUAAAACGUCAUACAUAUACACAUACUGGUGAAAAACCUUAUCGUUGUAGUGUUUGUGGGAAAGCAUUUUCUAAUACCGGUUCAUUAGAAUUUCAUAAAUAUACUCAUACAAAUGAGAAACCAUAUAAAUGUGACAUUUGUGGAAAAGCAUUUCCCAGAAACUGUGACCUUUCAGUUCAUAAAUAUAUUCAUACUGGGGAAAAACCAUACAAUUGUGACAUUUGUGGUAAAGCCUUCUCUAGAAACCAAGACCUUACAAUUCAUAGAUAUACUCAUACAGAUGAAAAGCCAUAUAGUUGUGAGGUUUGCGGGAAAUCUUUUACUAGAAAUCACGACCUUUCAGUUCAUAAAUAUAGUCACACUGGUGAAAAACCAUUCAAAUGUGAAAUUUGUGGGAAAGCUUUUUCCGGAAAACGAUAUCUUUCAGUUCAUAAAUAUACUCACACGGAUGAGAAACCUUACAAAUGUGACGUUUGUGGGAAAGCAUUUCCUAGAAACUGUGAUCUUUCAAUUCAUAAAUAUACUCAUAGUGAUGAAAAACCAUAUAAAUGUGAUGUUUGUGGAAAAGCAUUUGCUAGAAACCGUGACCUUACAGUUCACACAUACACUCACACUGGUGAAAAGCCAUACAAAUGUGACGUUUGCGAUAAAGCAUUUUGUAAAAAAGGUUCAUUAAAAGUUCAUAAAUAUAAUCAUACUGGUGAAAAACCAUACAAAUGUGACAUUUGUGACAGAGCAUUUUCUAAUAAUGGUUCAUUACAAUUUCAUAAAUAUAGUCAUACAGAUGAAAAACCUUUCAAAUGUGACAUUUGUGGGAAAGGAUUCCCUAGAAACAGUGAUCUUUCAGUCCAUAAAUAUGUCCAUUCUGAUGAAAAACCAUAUAAUUGUGACAUUUGUGGUAAAGCAUUUUCUAGAAACUAUGACCUUUCUGUUCAUAUAUAUAGUCAUACAGGAGGAAAACCAUACAAAUGUGACACUUGUGGGAAAACGUUCUCUAGAAACUGUGACCUUUCAGUUCAUAAGUAUACUCAUACUGAUGAAAAGCCAUACAAAUGUGAUGUUUGUGGGAAAGCAUUUCCUAGAAAUCAUGACCUCUCAGUUCAUAAAUCUACACAUACAGGUGAAAAACCUUAUAAAUGUGACAUUUGUGGGAAAGAAUAUCCUAGAAACUGUGACCUCUCAGCUCAUAAAUAUACUCAUAGUGGUGAAAAACCAUACAAAUGUGACAUUUGUGAGAAAGCGUUUUCUCGAAAUAUUUCCUUAACAAGACAUAAGAAGACUCAUAUUGGGAAAAUAAUCAUAACUGUGUGAAACUUCUGUAGAGAAAUCUACAAAAUAUAAAAUGAUAGAUGAAAAUCUGUCCUGGUACAACUGAGAAGCAGUAUUAUUGACAUAUUUGAACUUUUCUUUCAUUUCUAUUGAAACACACUUUCUUGUAUACAACUUAAUUAAAUACAGGUUAUUCCUGAUUCUUUCAUUAUUCCUUUUCUAUUAUCUCUAUAACUCCCUCUGACCAACCCACAGAUUCUUUACCUUGUAACAAUUGUAAAUUUGUGAAACUACCUCUUCUACAAUAUAACUGAUGUACUUGAAUUUAUUCUCUCAUUGUUAUUGAAGCGGUCUUUGUUCUUUCAGAUAUUCUGAUUGUAUAGUAAGCAUUUAUUUUUAUUUGUUUGGAUUGAAAGAUAACAGUUUUAUAUCAUGUCUUUAGUUAAGAAUGAAAUAAUGAUAUCAGUAAUUUUAUUUUUAAAUAUGCUAAAUAACAGUAUUUCAGCUCUUA